AGCCAUGCCAGGCUUCUUCAUGUUCCUGGGAACAAGAGCUUUCUUGGAGCCCUUGGGAGGUUGUGGAGGGUCUGGGGCAGCUGCCCUAUAGUGCUGCACAGUAGUAGAAGGAAGGGUGCGUGGAGUGGAGGCAGGGCCCCUGUGUGCAGGGUGCCAGAGCACUGGGUCUUUGAAAGGGGCAUCCGGAGCUGGUUGGCUGCUCCCCCAUUGGCCAUGGCAGCCAAAGUGGAUUUGACCACCUCCACUGACUGGAAGGAGGCUAAAUCAUUUCUGAAAGGCUUGAAUAACAAGCAGAGGCGAGAGCAUUAUUUCACCAGGGAUUUCAUCAAACUGAAGCAAAUACCAAGCUGGAAAGAAAUGGCCAAAAGCGCCCGGGUUAAGCAGCCUGAAGAGUCUUUGUUCCCCAAGGAUAACCAUCUGAAUGAGAAGAUAUCUCUCUUCCGUGGUGACAUCACCAAGCUGGAGGUGGAUGCAAUUGUCAACGCUGCUAACAGUUCCCUGCUGGGAGGAGGCGGUGUGGAUGGCUGCAUCCAUCGUGCUGCGGGGCCUUUGCUCAAAGAGGAAUGCCGGACCCUGAGUGGCUGCGAGACUGGAAAAGCCAAGAUUAGCUGUGGGUAUCGCCUCCCAGCCAAAUUCGUCAUUCACACGGUAGGACCCAUCGCCCAGGGGCAACCCAGUGCUGCGCAAGCGACCGAACUCAGUGACUGCUACAAGAACAGCCUGAAAUUAACCAUAGAGAACAAGCUGCGGACUGUGGCCUUCCCCUGCAUUUCCACAGGCGUAUUUGGCUAUCCGAAUGAUGCCGCUGCUGAGGUGGUGCUCAACACGCUGCGCAAGUGGCUAGAAGAGAAUAAGGAGAAGGUUGACAGGCUCAUCAUCUGUGUCUUUCUUGAGAAGGACGAUGAGAUCUACAAGGAGAAGCUGCCCCGCUUCUUCCCCGUGGAUGCCUCGGGGGUCCUGCCCUCCCGCCUCUGAGCUCGCUUUGCAUUGACUAUCCUACCCCUGCGAAGCACCCCGCUGCAGAAUACACCGUGGCUCGGAGGAGGUGCAGCGGUGGUGGGAGAGAAUGCCCAGACAAGCACAACAUCCAGGAACUGCUGUUGGAAUAAAAUUAUGCGAAACACA